GCUGUGUUCUUCGACCUGUACCACUCUGCUGCUGUGUCCCUAUCCCACUUCUCAUCAACGUGUGUGAUGUGAACUCUGAGCAGAUGAAAAUGGCGAGUUGGUGUGUUCGAGCUCUGCGACAGAGCUACUCUGUAGUAGCAUCCCCUGUUAUGUUAAGGUCGUCUCCUCGGCUGCUCUGUACGGCGGCCCAGCAGAAGAGCAACGGCGCGAGCGCGGAUGAGGAGAACGGCGGUCAGAAACCCGAACAGAACUCUGCGGAGAAGGCCCUGGCGGACGAGAAGGUGCAGCUUGAGGAGAAGCUAAAAGACGUUAUGGACAAGUACAAGCGGGCGCUUGCUGACACAGAGAACCUUAGACAGAGGAGUCAGAAGAUGGUGGAAGAUGCAAAAAUAUACGGAAUCCAGGGGUUCUGCAAAGAUUUGCUGGAGGUGGCCGACAUCCUGGAGAAGGCGACCGAGAGCGUGCCCAAAGAGGAGGUGUCCAAGGAGAACCCUCACCUGAAGAACCUGUACGACGGGCUGGUGAUGACGGAAGUCCAGAUGCAGAAGGUCUUCACCAAGCACGGCCUGGUCCGGCUCAACCCCGAGGGGCAGAAGUUCGACCCCUACGAACACGAGGCCCUCUUCCACGCCCCCGUGGAGGGCAAAGAACCGGGCACAGUCGCCAUGGUCACCAAGGUGGGCUACAAGCUGCACGGCCGUACCCUCAGGCCAGCUCUGGUGGGCGUGGCGAAAGCUCCGUAGCGGAUUGGCCCUGGUGACGGUGGCGGCGGUGACGGGUACAGCAGAACGAGCCGAAAAACGAAGGGACUCCAAACGGUGACACACGGCUCUGGACAUCACACUACCUGGUUUAGUCUGCGUUUGUGAACGGAGUAAAUGUGGUUGACGCCGUGGAUCAUUAAAACUUUUUUUUUUUCUUUUCUUGUCAUUUCCAUGUUGUUUUUAAACAUCAUCGGUCUCAGGUUUAGAGUUUUGUUUGCCCCCGGCGUGUCUCUGUAACUAAGCUGAAUGUGAGCGCCACCCACCCCAUUUCUGUUGACCUACCAGUUUCCGCUGUAGAAACUGUGAACCACAAGAUUGAACGACGCCAGGGUCAGACUCCGUUCUCCCCGGGCUUUCAUUGAUCAUCUGUCAAUGUGAUUCACCAUAGUUCACCAUACCUGUAUACACGAGGUAAAUUCAACUGUCACUGUUGGACUGUUAGAGUGCAGUGCGCAAAAUGAAACAUUUGUAUCGGAGUAUGUUGGUGGCUUUAAACCACUCUUGUAGACCUCAACAAACCAAUGUCCUAUUCACUGUACAUGUAAGAACCGGCUAAAAUUACCAGUGCCCUGUCGGUUUCUGUCUUCUUUCAUCAAACUUUAAAAUGAAAAGUGAGUGCGUUUUAUGCAUCAUUCAGUAUCCACAGAAUUGCCUUUAAUGGCAUAAUUGGUGUAAAGUUAUUGCGGAAAAGUUAACAUAGCUUCCUUAUUCCCUUCUCAUAGAAUAUGCAGUGUCUCAAGAGGGCUUUUUGUUAAUUGACUCAAAAUUUCAAAUCUGAAUGCCAAAUAACCUUUUCUUCAGAACGCCUGAGGCAGAAAAUUCACUUAAGCAGUGAAGCCCCAGCGGUUGGGACAGGACAGCACUGUAAACGUCACUGUGCACAGGAGAAAAAUACCCCGCAUGCUAACAAAUCUAAAUAUUAGAAAGACAGUUCUAGAGAAAAAAAAUCUUGUGCUUGUGAAGGCAUUGUAGACAUACCUUCAUGGAUCUAAAGGUGUGUGUUGCACACCAAAUCCCACAACCCCAAGCAUUUCACUCCUGGUUACAAGCUCAGUUACUUAUUUCAUUGGUAAUUUUUGACAAAGCAAUGAGGCACAGUUGCAGACUGCAUGUGUUUUUUGGAGAAAUGCUGUGAUGUGAUGAAAAACUGCUCCGUGGGACUGUUUAAGAGAGAGCGAUUUGGUCGGAAAUAAACUCCGGUUGAUAUCGCAAAGCAGCUGGAACCCUUCUUAAUCUGGAAAAUGCACUGAAGUACAAAGUGCUAUUCUGGGUUUUACUUGGUGCUGUUAUCCAGCUAAUGGCUUUAAUCCUGCUUUGUGAUCCAGGCCCCGCAGCUCCAGGAAUAGAGUUGUGUGCCCCUGCAUGGAAUUUACUCCAGUACAGGACAAGUGCUUCAGCAUCUGCUCAGUCUCUAGUUCUAUACUGUUGCAAAUGCAUCUUUAACGUAAUUUCUUACAGCGUUUCCCACCCACAAUUGAAUAGCAUCAGGUUGCCCACUGCAUAGUUCAGUAAGAAAGUUUUUCCACAGGUAUGUCGCAACAAUGUUGUGUUCACUCGUGCGGUCUUUAUGGCCAGAUGCUGUCAUCGGAAAGGUGGAACUGAAACAACCGUCUGACAGUAUGCAGACAUAACAUUGCUCAUAAAUGACACGGCAUCAAAUGUGGUGUGAUUUUGAUAUAUGAAAUAUCAGUCACGGGGGACCCAUUUGAUUCAAUGCUUUGAUAAAGGCUGGUGUAUUUGUGUUUGUGGCCACAACCUGUUUUUAAAUGUCCGAACAUUUGCAUGCACGGCCAGCGAGAAUCUAAUCCCAACUACAGUGGCUCUGGUAGACCAGGAUGAAAGCCUUUCUCUGAAGUAGGGCUGCCCAACCCUGUUCCUGGAGAUCUACCAUCCUGCGGGUUUUAAUUUAAUUUAAUUCCACCAUAAUUUAGCACACCUAAUUCUAGUUCGCAGCUAAUUGAGAUCUCUUGCUGCUGAAUGGGGUAUGUUAGGGUUGGAGUGAAAACCUACACUACAGGAUGGUAAAUCUCCAGGAACAUGGUGGCCAGUGCUGCUAUGAAGUUUGUAGCCGCCCCACUGCAGUCUCCUUGAUCAACAAGGGGGAGGAAAGCACAUUUAACACAACACAAACAGUACUUUUUUUUUGUUGUGAAAGGGCCAGUGUUCACUGGAGCGUUGUGACCCAACAAUGUAUGGGAAACCUUGACCAAUAAAGGAGACCAGAGCUCUGCUGUACAA